UGCACUGCAUUGUUGUCUCCAACAAAACCAACCAUUGAAUCGAUCAUCCCUUCACCUCACUGCCAUAUACUGUUAUUUAUUAUAAAUAGGCCCUCCCUACCCUCACAAACUCUGCCCAAUUCAACUCUUCUUCAAUCAAUUACUAUUAAUUAAAUAAUCAAUAAAUACAAAUGGAGAAGAUUGCCAAGAUGAGCUCUGAAAACGGGGUGGUGAUCUUCACGAAGAGCACGUGCUGCCUCUGCUACGCGGUGCAGAUACUGUUCCAGGACCUCGGGGUCCGGCCCUUGAUCCACGAGAUCGACGGCGACCCCGCCGGCGCCGACAUCGAGAAAGCCCUCAUGCGGAUGGGCUGCAGCGGCCCCCUUCCGGCGGUCUUCAUCGGCGGCAGCCUCGUCGGCUCCACCAACGAGGUCAUGUCCCUCCACCUCAGCGGCUCCCUCAUCCCCCGCCUCGCCCCUUACCAGAAUCACACCAUCUCCUGAUCACGUGAUCUCGACUCAUUAUUAAUUUAUGAUUAUAUUUGAUCGAUGAUGGUACUGAUUUAAUUAAUAAUUGUACUAUAAGUAACUGCAGCUACUGCAGGGUUCGUCAUUGUAGGCGGACUGUACUGUAGUUAAGUGUCUGUGUCAAUGUCAUCGCAAGCUAAAUUAAUUAAGGUA